AUGACGUUGCGAGUCCUUGUCCUGCGUAGCGCUCGCGCGGCUGCAGCUUCACGCAGCGCGCCUCGCUGCUUGACCCCAGCCGCCAAGCGCUCCACAUUCUCCUCUUCCUCUUCUUCUUCUUCUCGUGUCACUGCGAAUGUCGGACGGGAAACGCCGCUUCACGUCGUGCCUCGAGCCGAGCGACGAGCGGCGCGUCAAGCAGCUGCCAAGCACUCGACCGACGGUAUCGAGCACAAAGUUGUGCGUACGUCUUCGCUCCCUGCGCGUGUCUCAUUUGCGCUCUUGGCGGGCGGCAUCUCGGGGUCCAUUCUAUGGCACUUUGUACUGGACGAGCAGCUGAAGAGGCGCAUUCGAGAGACGCUGGGUGCCACAUUCUUGGGGGAUGUCUAUGCCUUUGUUAGCACGAAAGUGGAGGAGACAGUUAAGCCGUUCACGGACCCGUCGCGGCAGAAAUUGCUGCCGGAUUGGCCGAUCCCUCAAGUACCAGCAGAUACACCACCAGUUCCUGUCCUGGUUGUGGAUCUAGAAGAUACGCUGGUGCACUCAGAGUGGAGCCGGAAGCAUGGCUGGCGCCACGCCAAGCGUCCGGGUGUCGACGAGUUCCUCGAGACACUGUGCCAGUAUUAUGAGAUUGUUAUUUUCUCGCAGAAUUACGGCGCCGAAGAGAUUGUGCAGAAGCUGGACCCUAAGCAGUGUGCACUUCAUGUGCUCUCACGCGAUGCGACGCGCUAUUUGAAUGGUGCUCACGUGAAAGAUCUUGGUAAUUUGAACCGGGACCUGCGUCAAGUGGUGAUACUGGAUGAUGAUCCGGAGGCUUAUCAAUUGCAGCCGGAAAAUGCUAUACCGGUCAAGCCUUUUAUUGAUGGACGGGAUCGCGAUGACCACGAGUUAAGGAAUCUGAUUCCGUUCCUCAAGGCGUUGGCUUCCGAGCGGGUGCCAGACUUCCGCCAGGUCAUUGGCGAAUUCCGCGACGACGACGGUGUGGUCCGAGAUCUUGCCGCGAAAUAUAGUGCUCGCGUGCACCAACUUGAGAUGCAAAAGGAGCAGCAGAAGAAAAAAGGCUUCGGUGGCUUUGUGCGUGGACGAUUAUCGCAUCACCCUGCGGCGCAGACUGGAGGUGUCGCUGCUGGCGGGUUUUCUAGUGGUUCUCGCCUAUGA